GCGUCUCUCUGUUGAAGGACCCCAUUUCCGCAAUACUACAGACUUCGGUUUAUUUCGUUGAUACAUCGCUGUAUAACAUGUCAUCUCUUAAGGAGUGCACAAACUACGUUGUUUUUCACAAAUAAGUGAAAGAUACGUGAAGUAUAUAUAUUUAACUGCCAUAUAAAUUCAGCAUGUGCUAAUACUCAUAAAUCCCAAUGCAAUCAGGAUUUUCGUUGGUUUAUGUGAUGGAUUUAUGUAAAUUUAAUCCGCCACCUCUUCUCUAUCUGAACGCAUGAUAAAUAUAGCCUAGGGUUCUACUGAUAGCGGGCACGAGCGUCGUCGUGAUGUCAGUGAAUUUUAGGUGCCCCCUCUGGAUGCCUGAGUAGUUGCGCUCGCCAAUGAGCGUCUCCAGUGUGAAUGUCCUUCAUUUCUCUGUCUGGUUAGUGAACUUGCCAUCACGGAUCCUAAUUUGGAUUUUUAAAAGGGAAGAAAAGCGCCUCUCCGGUUCGCCGUUGCCCCUCAAUCGCGUGACAUUCUGGAGCGAUUAAAACAACUUUAACUGCGCGCGACAUGGAAUGCCGAGUGCUGUCGAUUCAGAGUCAUGUCGUGAGAGGAUACGUGGGGAAUAAAUCUGCAUCCUUUCCGUUACAGGUCAUGGGGUUUGAGGUGGACUCGAUCAACUCUGUUCAGUUCUCUAAUCACACAGGUUACUCUCACUGGAAGGGACAAGUCUUGACUGCAGAUGAGCUUCACGUGCUGUAUGAAGGGAUCAAACUGAACAACGUCAACCACUACGACUAUGUACUUACAGGUUACACUAGAGAUACAUCAUUUCUGGAGAUGGUGGUUGAUAUUGUACAAGAGCUGAAGAGGGCCAAUCCUAACCUCGUAUAUGUUUGUGACCCUGUCUUAGGUGACCAUGGUUCAAUGUAUGUUCCUCAGAAUCUCCAUCCUGUGUACAAGAAUAAAGUGGUACCUGUGGCCGAUAUCAUCACACCCAACCAGUUUGAGGCAGAGUUAUUGACAGGGAAGAAUAUCAGCACAGAGAAAGAUGCUGUUGAGGUGAUGGACCUGCUGCAUAAGAUGGGUCCAGAUACUGUGGUCAUCACCAGCUCUGAUCUGCCCCCUCGUCUCGGAGACAGAUUCCUGGUGUCUCUUGGCAGUCAGCGCAUUUUGAUGCCGGACGGUACAAGGAAGACUCAGCGGAUCCGAAUAGAGGUGCCGAAAGUGGAUGCGGUGUUUGUAGGGACCGGUGAUCUAUUUGCUGCUAUGCUGUUGGCCUGGACUCACCAUUACCCAACAGACCUGAAGACUGCAUGUGAGAAGACUUUCUCCGUCAUGCACCAUGUCAUUCAGAGGACUAUAUCUUAUGCCCAUGAAAUGGCAGGUCCUGGUAGAAGACCCAGCCCGGCUCAGCUUGAGUUACGGAUGGUCCAGAGUAAAGCGGACAUAGAGGAUCCAGCCAUAGUCAUGGAGGCGACGGUUCUAUAGAGCCGCCACAUGCCACAUCUCAUCCACACAUCUCACCCUCCGCUCACAACUGCACAAUGUAUAGAUGUUGUACAUUUUGAUAUGUAAUGUGACAUUGCCUUAGAAUCUCAGCCAGAGCACAACAGUUCCAUUCUCAAGAGAUUCAGCAGGGUACAGCCAAACAGGCGAGAGGGGGAGAGCGAUCGCUUGUGCUCCGAGAGAGUAUAACGCAGAGAAAAGAGGAGUGAAGAAAAGAAUGGGAGAUCGCCCUCUCAUUCGCACUCUUGCAAUCUUCACCAUCUCUGUCUCUCUCUCUCUUUCUCUCAAAGCUCCUCAAGAACUCCGGUUCGUCCUGCACAUAAAGCCCGGUCACUGACAUUUCCAGACCAGGUCAGUUAUGUACCUAAACUGCCAUCGAUCUAGUGAGGACCAAUUUAAAAAAAUGACGUUAAUAUAAAUGUGACGCUUUCUACACUCUAGGAUUUUGAGUCAGAGCUGUUUAGUAACAAACAUAGAAAACAAAACCUAGAUGGUUGAGUCUCACAAAAACUCUCAAGAAAUGCCUGGGUCAUAUUUUUGCUCAAAAUCAAAAGGUAAAAAUAAGAUUAUAUUUAUUGCAUAAAAGAAAAAGAAGGCUAUUAUUAGGACCAUUACAUUUUUGUGCAUUAUGCUAUUAGUUUUAUGUCAGUUAAGUGUAAUAAUAAUAAUAAUAAAUUAUAUUAUUUUUAUAUUAUAAUAUUAUUAUAUUAUUCAGUUAAGUGCGUUUUUCAAUUCUCAGUAGCUUACUGUAAUGUGAAAAAAAUAUCAUUCUCAUUUUCAAAUCAUUCUCAAAUCUCAUUUUUAUUAUUUGCUUUUUUAUUUAUUAUUAUUUUGUAUGUUUUAUUUUUUGUUUUUAAUAUUGUGGCCAGACAAUAUUAUUUUCAUGACUGUAUUACAUUUUUUCAGGGAUAACAUGAUUAUUUGUCACAGUACAAACAAUGCUGGUCCUAAAAAUAGAUUUUCUUUAUGCAAAAUUUAAUUCUGUAUUUUUGUCUUUUGAGAAUUACCCAGAAAGCUUGGUGUUUUGCUCGUUGUGGUUCUUGAUAAAAUAUCUGUAUCUGGAAAAGGUAUGUUGUGGCCAAACUCAAAAAGUAAGUUGUUCAAUGUGUAUUACAGACCCAAAGCAUUUGUGUGAGAGUCCAACUUGUGUUUAAAUGUGUAUUUUAUUUUUUUUGUGACUAUUUUCUCCCAAAAAGGGAGUUUUUAUUGAAGAGAUGCGCUGCUGUAUUUUGUGACUUGAUGUUGAUGUUUUUGGUGAGAUGUACUGUAAUAAUUUUGGGCCUUGCUCAUGUGUAUGAUUUAAUUCUCCAUUGAUUCCAUUGAUUUCAAUUUCCAUUGAGCAUUUAUAAAUCCGGAAGUUCUAACAUUUCACUUCAUGUUUGUUUGUCAAUUUAACUAACAUUAUCAUCUCAUUUGCUUUGAACUGAUUGUAUUUGCAUUGAUAAUCUACUUGUUUGUACAGGCAGAAGAGACUUUAAAAGUAGUUUUAUCUUUUUAUUUGAUAGUAUUUUCAUAUCUUAAAAGGAAAAGACUUGUAUGAAGUCUGAAGUACUGGGGAAACGUUUUAAAAUGCCUUGAUUAAAAGUAGUUCUGUAUGUGUGCUGGUCUGGUGAUCUGCACCAGGUUCUCUCUCACUGUGCCAGAGAACAUGGUGUCUCUUGGUUACAAUGCUGUGAAAGAUAAUAAAGGCAGAUGAGUUGUACAUUUAA